GAUUCGCACUUGUCCUGAAUUUCUUUGAUGAGAAUAACAAUGAUGGAAGGCAUAGUUGUAAAGCUCCCUUCUUUCCCAAUUUUAUACCCUACUGUUUCACCUUCUUCCUCGAAUUGUCGUCAAGGUUUCCGUCGCUUCUCCGCUUCGCUUUCCGCCGGCGUUAAAGAAGGCUCCGUUUCAUUAGGCCACUCAACCCGACCCGAUUUCCCCAUACUCCACCAGGAAGUAAAUGGAUCGAAACUUGUUUACUUAGACAAUGCGGCAACCUCUCAGAAACCAACGGCAGUGUUAAGAGCUGUGCAGAAUUAUUAUGAAGCUUACGAUUCAAAUCAGAGGAAUUCAUUACUUGAGGGAACAAGUGAAUAG